AUCUUUAGCUCAUCAAAGACAUGAAACCAAUCUAUUUCUCUCUUCUCUGUGUUCUCUUCUAUCUUCUUCUCUUUCCCAGUGGCCUCUGCUUCGCCGACAUUAAUCGUCAAACAGGCACACUGUGCUCGGAAUCUGACAACUCACUGAACGAAGACGACGGUUUCCUUGUCAAUCUAAGAACCACCAUGGAUUCUCUCUCUGAUAAUGUAAUCAACCGCCACGGCUUCUACAAAACCCGCGUGGGAAGCAAGAAAUCCAACACAGUCUAUGGUUCUGUACUAUGUAGAGGCGACAUAUCUGCUGACAACUGUUCUAAUUGCGUCCUUAAUUCCAUCAAAGCAGCAUCCGAUGAUUGCCCAAAGAGCCGAGACGUGUCUGUCUGGUUCAGAUGGUGCUUCCUACGGUACGCGAACCAGAGCUUCUUUGGAACCAUGGAGGAAACAUCAGUGGCAGUGACAAACGAUACAGAUUUUGAUGAGGCUAAGGUUGUUUCAGAAGGGCUUGAAUUCAUGGGAGGGGUAGCUGAGUCAGCAUCGGAGAAAUCAAUAAUGUUUGAGACAGGAGUGUUGGAUGUGAAUAAUGUGACGAAGAGGUAUGGGAUGGCUCAGUGCACGAGAGACAUCAGAAAGGAAGAUUGCAGAAGGUGCCUGCAGGCUCAGUUGCAGAACUUCAGAACUGGGAUUGGCAACAAGAGAAGAUGGGAGAUUUAUGGAGUUAAUUGCUUCAUGUGGUACAAUGAUUAUCGCUUCUAUAAUAAUGCCUCGAUUCUUCUAAGUGGGGCUAAGAGACAGAGUCCUUGGAAAAGAUACACAAUUGGCAUAUGGGUGGGAGUGCUGGCAAUGCUUCAGAUGGUUAUGUAAUUCUGGAUAUGGAUAAAUAUUGAUUAUUUUGAAGAGAACUUUUUGGAAUAUGCAUGUGAUGAUGAUGAUGAUGAUGUCCAUUUACAAAUUUUGUAAUUCUUGUUCUUGCUCUUAAUUUUUUGGUUAAUUUUUGUCAACUUGGUGAUUCACAAUUUCUUAAUAUCUAUGACAUCUCAUGACCUCAUCAUUUGUAUUAUUUAAUUAUCUGAUUAA